AUGAAAAUGCAGAUAAGGCUGAGUUCUACAAAACUGGAGGAGAGCCCUGUGAACCACAAAAAAUUGAUGAAUCUAAAGCAAAAUUAUUGGACCUUCUUAAGCCCCCAGUUUAUUUAUUAUAAUUAA